UCAAUUUUUCUGAGGAUGCGGAUGCCUGACCUUGACAUCCCGAGGUCGCGACAGCUCUUCGAGUCCGAUGACAGUUCAGCGCCUUGCCUCGUCUUCGUGACAGAUGACUCGACCGUCAUACCCGAGCUUCCGGCUACCUGCAUACUCAAAAUACCAAAAUCUUCACGGUCUCCGUCCGGAGGUGGUGGUGGUGGAAAUAUAAACGUCGGCGACGGAAUGGAUUUGACACGUUACAGGCCAUCGCUUCAUGCGCACGACUUCACUCCCGGUGGAAACUCAAGGGUCGUCAUGAUACGCAAGAAGGAACAGAGAACAUUCGCAUCAUCGAAAAUCGGACAGGAGACGCACUUCGAGACACUGACGAAGGAGACGGUCCAGACCUUCCGGGGGAAUAAGAUCGAGCGAAAGAUCACUUCAGAGACCAGGGGAUCGCCCACGAUGUCCAGCGACCUGCUCCAGCAACUAAAUCUACAUCAGCUGAAUCUGUUAAAUUUGGCCGAAGAUGAUCUACAGAAAAAGCCAUUGGCAUCGAAUCUGAUUCAGACAAAUUCAAAGAUUACAGAUAAUGUAAAGCAAACUCAGUCACCGGCUAAACCCAAGGAUAAAAAAAAGGUCGAGUUCACUGGCAGGUUCACAGCCAACUUUGCCCAAGAGUGCUUAGAUGCCCACAAUGAAAAACGAGCUAUCCACAAAGCCCCACCAUUAAAACUCAGCAAAGAAAUGUGCAAAUUCAGCCAGGAAUGGGCUGAUAAACUUGCUGCUAGUGGCAGAAUGCACCACAGGCCUAACAAUUCCUAUGGAGAAAAUCUAUUUCUUAGUUGGUCAUCUUCAACUCAAGAGAUUCACGGAAUUGAUCCUGUCGAAAACUGGUAUGCUGAGAUAAGUGAUCAUCAAUUUCACAAGGAACCAGUCUCAUUGAAAACUGGGCACUUUACUCAAGUGGUCUGGCUAGAGAGCGCAAAACUUGGAGUUGGAGUAGCAAAGAGCCAGGAUGGAAAACAAGUAUAUGUUGUAUGCAAUUAUGACCCUCCAGGAAACUUCAUUGGCUCUUUUGCUGAAAAUGUUCCCCCAAUUGGAGGAUUUCCAGAAAAAGCAGAACAAACAACUGGUUUGUGUCAGACAGCAAAAGAGUUCAAUGAUGAGAUGUUGAAGCUACACAACGAGUACCGUGCCAGGCAUGGAAGCCCUCCACUCAAGCUGAAUGAACAAAUGUGUGAAAAGGCUCAGGAUUGGGCAGAAACAUUGGCCAAAACAUCUAAGCUUGAUUCAAAGAAUGACUCAGAAUAUGGCGAAAACCUCUUUUGGACUUCAGCUUCUAGGCAAUGUGCUGCAAAAGAUGCUUGUGCAAGCUGGUACAAUGAGGUUAAACACUUCAAGUAUGGUGUAGAGCCAAAGGCGCUCAAUGCAGAUUUACAAUUUCUUGUGCAAAUAAGGAAAACCCCGAAAUCAACAGCUGCACAAACUGCACGAGGCUACACUACAAGUCAUUUCACUCAGAUGGUGUGGCGGGAGACCAAGGAGCUUGGAGUCGGACGAGCCAAAGGUCGUGGUGGGAGUCUAUUUAUAGUGGCAUUUUACAAAAAGAGAGGCAACAUCGUUGGACAUUUUGGAGCGAAUGUUCUGAGACCCUAAGGAACACUUCCAACACCCCUGCAUAAGCUUACCAAACCCUGACACAAUGUAAUCAAACCUGACUCAUAGAUUUCUAGACUGAAAAUAUCUGCUAGAAUAAAAUUUUAAUGAGCCUUUGUAAUAAAAUGGUGCCAUUAUUUUUUUCUUUUCUAAUAAUUUGAAAUUUUAAAAUCAAAUUAUCAUAUUUAGUAACACCCCAUCUAAUCAAUAAGACUGUAAACAUACCCUAAUAGUAUAUCUCGAUAAUUGAAUUAAUGGUAUUUUGCACUGAAAUUUCAUUUUUUUAGUAUACCAUUCACUUUUUCUUUGAAAUUCUAUUGUAAUUUGAAUUUAAUUGCAUAUAUUACAUAUUAUAUGUAUAUCUGUAUAAAUGAAUAUUUCAGUUUUAUUCUUUUAAAUUAAACUUAAACUUAGUACAAUUAUUGAUAUGCAUGAAAAUAUAAUUAAAUAUGCAUUGAUAUCUAAUAUAUAAUCUUUUUGUACUAUUUUAUUCAUAUUUUUAAAAUGUUAUUACAUUUGAAGCAUUCAAUGCUGUAUCUUGUUAAGACAGUACUAUGUAAGGAGGAUAUAAUAUAGCACAAGACUUAUAAAAAAUCAAGCUUUUUCUAAUCAAAUGCUCAUGUGAGUAAUUCCAAAAAAAUAUUGAACAUUUGUACAUUUCUGAUAAGCUUUAUAGCAAGUGUAGAUUUGACAAUCUCAAACAAUAAUCUUAAAAAAAUGUCAAUGUAAAUAAUAAUUAUAAUUCUUUAUAUCAUUCCUUUCAAAAUAUUAAUCAAAAUAAUGUCCACUUCUAUGAGACUGAUGUGGUUUUUCAACAGAACUUAUGUGCUUUAAGAAUAGUGCAUUGAAAGAUUGUUUUUGUACUGUUUUCUACAUGUGGAGGUCUCCAAAUUUGGGAGAGAGUGAUAUUUGAGCAAGGUACGUUCAAUUGUAAAGGGUUAUUAGGGUCUUUUGCACAAUGUAAAAAAAUAUUGUAAAUAAUUUUGCCCGUUGUGUUAUCUAUUUAUUGGAAUUAGCCAAUGUAACUUUCUUGUGAUUACCACAUUGUUUUAGUUUUGCCUCAAUUGUUUUUAAUGUUAACUAGAAACACAAAUUGUUAUUUACACUAGUUUAAUAUUUAAAAAAUUGUGUUGUUAACUAUAAUCAAAUUAUUUAUUUAAAUUAAUUAUUCUUGUGUAAAAAAGAAAAAGUUGAAACCCAAAGAUUAGAUUUAAGAUAGCAGGUCAGACUGAAUCACUCCGAUCGAAUGGCAAUUUCAACAUUCCUUAGUGAAUAUAAAAAUUUAAUAUAAUUGUCUUCAAUUUAUUCUUUAAUAUUACAUAUUUGUAGCUAUUAGUAAAGAGAUUAAACAGA